AUGAGAUCCUCCUCUCGCUUCGUUGGCGCCCUUGCGGCGGCGGCAUCGUUCCUGCCGUCUGCCCUUGCCCAGAACAACGUCCCCGACACUUUCACUGACGCGGACUCUGGCAUCAUCUUCAACUCUUGGAGCAUCGCCAACGGCGGUGCCCAGACUCAGGGCGGUUUCAAGUUUGGUGUGGCUCUGCCUGAGGAUGCUCUUUCGACCGAUGCCUCAGAGUUCCUCGGUUACCUGCAAUGUGCGAGGACUGAAGACGCGGGAUGGUGCGGUGUCUCCCUCGGCGGCCCCAUGACCAACUCGCUCCUCAUCACGGCCUGGCCCCACGAGGAUACUGUCUACACCACCCUCCGCUUCGCUACUGGCUACGCUAUGCCGGAUGUUUACAAGGGCGAUGCCGAAAUCACCCAGGUCUCGUCCACCAUCAACUCGACGCACUUCACCCUGGUCUUCAGGUGCCAGAACUGCUUCUCGUCGGCAACCCUACCUGCCCGAGACCAAAUCACUAUCGACCAGCACGACAACGGCAUGGGCAUCUGGGGCGCCCAGCUCGACGCCAACGCCGCCAACCCGUCCUACACCGCCUGGGCUGCCCAGGCUACCAAGACCGUCGCGGGCGACUGCGACAGCUCGACCCCGACUGACGUCAUCAGCGUCCCCGUGCCGACGGAUGCUGUGUUCGACUACAUCGUCGUUGGUGGCGGUGCCGGUGGUAUCCCCACUGCUGACAAGCUCAGCGAGGCCGGCAAGAAGGUGUUGCUCAUCGAGAAGGGUUUUGCCUCGACCGGCGAGCACGGCGGCACUCUCGGCCCCGCGUGGCUCGAGGGUACCGGCCUCACCCGCUUCGACGUCCCCGGCCUGUGCAACCAGAUCUGGGUCGACUCUAAAGGCAUUGCGUGCGAGGACACCGACCAGAUGGCCGGUUGCGUCCUCGGCGGCGGCACUGCUGUGAACGCCGGUCUGUGGUACAAGCCCUACUCUCUCGAUUGGGACUACAUCUUCCCCACCGGCUGGAAGUACCGUGACGUCCAGGCCGCCAUCGGCCGUGUCCUCCAGCGCAUCCCGGGUACCGACGCCCCGUCGACCGACGGCAAGCGCUACUACCAGCAAGGCUUCAACAUGCUCGCCAGCGGUCUGACUGCCGGCGGCUGGAGCAAGGUCACGGCCAACUCGGCCCCCGACCGCAAGAACCGCACCUUCUCCAACGCCCCCUUCAUGUUCGCCGGCGGUCAGCGCAACGGCCCUUUGGCCACCUACCUGACCAGCGCCAAGAAGCGCAGCAACUUCAACCUCUGGCUCAACACCUCAGUUAAGCGUGUCAUCCGUGAGGGUGGCCACAUCACCGGUGUUGAGGUCGAGGCCUUCCGUGACGGCGGCUACAAGGGUAUUGUGCCAGUCACCAGCGUUACCGGCCGCGUUGUUCUGUCCUCUGGUGCUUUCGGAAGCGCCAAGAUUCUGCUGCGCAGUGGUAUCGGCCCGGCCGACCAGCUCGAGAUUGUCAAGGCCUCCGAGAAGGAUGGUGCGACCAUGAUCAGCGACGACUCGUGGAUCAACCUCCCGGUUGGCUACAACCUGGACGACCAUCUUAACACUGACACCGUCAUCACCCACCCCGAUGUUUCUUUCUACGACUUCUACGCGGCGUGGACCGACCCCAUUGCCGCCGACAAGACCAGCUACCUUAGCAAGCGCACUGGCAUCCUUGCUCAGGCUGCCCCCAACAUUGGCCCUAUUAUGUGGGAGGAGAUCAAGGGUGCCGAUGGCCGUGUCCGUCAGCUCCAGUGGACUGCCCGUGUCGAGGGCAGCCUUGACACCCCCAACGGCAAGGCCAUGACCAUCUCGCAGUAUCUCGGCCGUGGCGCCACUUCGCGUGGCCGCAUGACCAUCACCCCGGCCCUCACCACCGUCGUCUCGGACGUCCCCUACCUCAAGGACCCCAACGACAAGGAGGCCGUUAUCCAGGGCAUUGUCAACCUCAAGGCCGCCCUCAGCUCCGUUCAGGGCCUGACCUGGACCUUCCCCAACGCGAGCGUCUCUGCCCGCGACUACGUCGACAACAUGGUCGUCGCGACCAGCAACCGCCGCGCCAACCACUGGAUGGGCACCAACAAGAUCGGCUCCGACGACGGCCGUCAGAACGGCGGCAGCGCCGUGGUGGACCUCAACACCAAGGUGUGGGGCACGGACAACCUAUUCGUCGUCGACGCCUCCAUCUUCCCCGGUGUCCCCACCACCAACCCCACCUCGUACAUCGUGACGGCCGCCGAGCACGCCUCGCAGCGCAUCCUCGCCCUCCCCGCGCUCAAGUCCGUGCCCCGCUACGGCCAGUGCGGCGGCAAGCAGUGGACCGGCAGCUUCAUCUGCGCCGCCGGCACCACCUGCCAGGCCCAGAACCCCUACUACUCGCAGUGCUUGUAA